AUGGCCUCCAACACAGUCAGUUUGAAUGCAGUCUACACCGCUCCUCAAGCAACCAAGACCUUCGAGCAUGUGAUCCCAACUACAACCGGUACUCUGGCCGCUAAGCAAGCUCACCUCUCGGCGCUGCAGUCGCUCGUGCCCAAGCUGCAGGACGAGAUCAACGUCUUCCUCACGGAGCGCAUGGGGGAGGACAAGUUGCAGGGUCAAUUUUCAGCACAGGAAGCCAAAGAGGAAGCGAACUACGGAGAGGAGGUGAUCGAGGACGAUGCAUGA